AUGCAACCGCCCGAGGGCUUGCCUCUGGAGGAGAGGCUGGCAGACUAUCAGCGAAAGCUGCGUUUAGUAGCCCACGAAGCGAAGGCAUUCGGAGAUGCAGCAGAGGUUCGUUUAAGGAAGCAGCGUCGUUCAAUAGAGAAGCUGAAGACUGAGAAUGAAGCAAUUAAAAAAGAGCUGCAGCAGACUCGGGAGGCUCUGUCUCAGCAGCAGAAUACUUUAUUAGGUUCCCGCAUGCAGCAGAUGAACGAGCGCUGUCAUACAUUCUUAAGGCAGAUCUCUGAUGCUAAGAAAGAAGAGCAGCAGUUAUUAAAGAAUAUCGAUGUAUUAGAGGGAAGAGUAUGCAAAUGCAGAGAGAUUAUUGGGUCUUUAGGAGGUGUAUAUGCAGCUGGAGCAACUAGCGAGACUAUUGCUAAGCAAACUCGUACAUUAGAAAGUCGGUUAGAUAAAGCGCUGCAGAAACAAAGCCAAGCAUGUGCAGCAAACAAACGGCUAAAAGAAGAAAUUAAUAGUCUCCGUAAAGAAAGAGUUAGCUUCGACCAACUGUGUCGGCGUGCAGAGAGCGAUCUUGUAUCUCAGAAGCAUGCAGUAUUUGAAUUAAUUAAAUCAGCUAAUGAAUUCUAUACAGCUAGAGACAAAGCUCAGCGUAAGAUAGCUUCUAUUAAGUCUGAUGAAGCUAAAGAAAGAAGAAAUUUCGAGACAGAAUGGGCAGACCUCCAGCAAAUCCUAGAGAAGCUGCAGCUGCGUCGGUGGCAGCAGCAGCAGCAGCAGCAGCAGCAGCGCCUCGCUAACCUUGAAGCCCGUCGUGCUGCUGCAUGCGAAGAGGAUGCACAGCUCAGAGGGAAGGAACAAGAAGAAGAAAAUGAUUACUCAUCUCUAUUAGACAAGUCUAUGGUUAAGAGCUACCGCAGCGCCUUCGCAAAAAUUCAAGCAGCAACACGAGUAAGCAGCAUAGACGAGCUUAUUGCUGCAUUUCGUGUUGCAGAAGAACAUAACUUUUCUUUAUUUACUUAUGUUAAUUCUCUUAGUGAUCAAGUAGAGAGUCAAGAAGCAGCUGUACAGGAGCUUCGCCAGGCUCUUCAUUUAUGUACAGAAGAGCAGCAGCUAAUCUCGAAGAAGAAACAAGAAGAAAGCAGCGAAUUGCAGGCUGAAGAGCUGCUAAUGCAUCAGCAGACUUGCAUACUCGAAGCAACAAAUGCUGCAGCAGAUAAACAACUAAAUGAUAUUAAACAAACACUCAAAGUUAUGUUCAAAGAAAUCAGGGGAGAUGAAAUCUACAAGCAUGAACUGUGGGCACAGGAAGAAAUUGAAGACGCAGCUAUCAUCAAUUAUUUGCAGGCUAUUGAGCGAGCUGUAGACACUCUCCUUUGUAUCCUUCUGCAGCACAAAAACCAGCAGCAACAGCAGCAGCAGCAACAGCAGCAGCAGCAACAGCAGCAGCAGCAGCAGCAGCAACAGCUGGCGCAGCAAAGGGAUGGAGCAGAGCCUUCUGCUGCUGCUGCAGGCGACUCCCUGAGAAAGAAGCAAGAUCGCACUAUCAAAAUGAAGAAGCCCCAGCCACAGAUUAAGAUGCCGUCUGCUGUUAAUCCAUCAAACAGCAGAGAGAGUUCAGAAGAAGAAGAAACAGAGUUGCAUCCGUUGUCUCGAGAGGAGUUAAGGAGGAAGCUAGAAAAAAAUAAAUUUAGAAUAUAUGAAAAAGAGCUUAAACCAAAAAGCAGAAAAAAUACAACAAACAAAUAA